AUGGAAGUCGAUAAUGAGCCCAAAACCUCCUCACCAGUCCCCCAAUUGCAAACCUCAAAACUCAACUUUCUCGACCUCACUAUCGAGAUUCGUCUCAAAAUAUACGAGGAACUUCUCGUUGCUCCAGAACCAUUAUCUCUUAUUUUCACUUCAAGUCCAGGUGAUAAAGCACAAUUAAUAGCCGUGAGAGAAGAUGGUGAUUGUCUCACUCCCCAACUAUUACGAGUCAGCAAACAAAUACAUCACGAAGCGACUUCUAUCUUGUAUAGCAACAAUCAAUUUCACCUCUCACGUUUACAUGAAGAAUUCGGAGAUCGUCAGAUGCCAUCUAAUGAAGGCGUUGUUGAAUUUCUUACCCAGAUGGGAAAUUACAACGCAAGCUUGAUUCGGCAUCUGGGAAUCUGUUUUCCAUUAAGUAGGAACGAUUCCGACCCGGACCCGGUGAAGAAUCAAGCUCUGGACUUCAUUCACGAUAAGUGCACUAGUCUUACGACUGUGAGAAUCUUGCUGUGGAACAGUUUCAAUCUGGAUCGAAGUGAUAGGGGGGUGAAAUCGGAUGAGGCUGGUAGUAGCAUUCUCUUUGCAGAAGAUUUGAAGAGAAUAGAUGCGCUGUUGAAGAGAAGUUCUUCGCUGAAAGAGAUUACCCUCGACUUUUGUAUUUGGGAACCUUGCGAAAUAUUGGAAAUUGAUGAUAAGGUGAGACAAUUAAUACAUGAUUGUGGUUGGAAGGUUCAGGUUACGAGGGAGGAAGAGGAACAUGUCUGUGAGCUUGGUGCAUAUACUUUUUUUGACUAG